AAUAUUCAUUAUAUUCAAAUGUUCAGUGGAACAUUAUCUGACUCUCUUUUCAGGAAGACGGAUUUUCAUUUUUGCAUGAUGAUGACUCUGGAAUUGCACCUCAUGGUAUUUAUGACCUUCAUAAAAGCACAGCAGGCGAUUCUGCGUUCAUAACCUAACCCGUCGCAAGAAUUUCCACGCCAUGAAGUUACAGAGAUUAGGAAUUUGUCUCAUGGCCCUGAUGGCUUUCUCAACAACACAGAACACAGACACCAUCGCAGUGAUGCCUGAGACUAUCACCACUACUGUCUCACCAGCAAGUGACACCACUACUGUGAUGCCAGUAAGUGACACCACUACUGUGAUGCCAGAGAGUGACACCACUACUGUGAUGCCAGAGAGCAUCACCACCACUGUAAUGCCAGCCAGUGACACCACCACUGUCUCACCAGCAAGUGACACCACUACUGUGAUGCCAGUAAGUGACACCACCACUGUGAUGCCAGCAAGUGACACCACCACUGUGAUUGAUACCACCACUGUGAUGCCAGAGAGCAUCACCACCACUGUAAUGCCAGCCAGUGACACCACCACUGUCUCACCAGCAAGUGACACCACUACUGUGAUGCCAGUAAGUGACACCACCACUGUGAUGCCAGCGAGUGACACCACUACUGUGAUGCCAGAGAGCAUCACCACCACUGUAAUGCCAGCCAGUGACACCACCACUAUUAUGCCAGCAAGUGACACCACCACCGUAAUGCCAGUGAGUGAUACCACCACUGUGAUGCCAGUGAGUGACACCACCACUGUGAUUGAUACCACCACUGUGAUGCCAGAGACCAUCACCACCACUGUAAUGCCAGCCAGUGACACCACCACUGUCUCACCAGCAAGUGACACCACUACUGUGAUGCCAGCGAGUGACACCACUACUGUGAUGCCAGAGAGUGACACCACUACUGUGAUGCCAGAGAGCAUCACCACCACUGUAAUGCCAGCCAGUGACACCACCACUGUCUCACCAGCAAGUGACACCAUUACUGUGAUGCCAGUAAGUGACACCACCACUGUGAUGCCAGCGAGUGAUACCACCAUUGUAAUGCCAGCAAGUGACACCACCACUGUGAUGCCAGCAAGUGACACCACCACUGUGAUGCCAGCGAGUGACACCACUACUGUGAUGCCAGAGAGCAUCACCACCACUGUAAUGCCAGCCAGUGACACCACCACCGUAAUGCCAGUGAGUGAUACCACCACUGUGAUGCCAGUGAGUGACACCACCACUGUGAUUGAUACCACCACUGUAAUGCCAGAGACCAUCACCACCACUGUAUUGCCAGAAAGUGACACCACCACUGUGAUUGAUACCACCACUGUAAUGCCAGAGACCAUCACCACCACUGUAUUGCCAGAAAGUGACACCACCACUGUGAUUGAUACCACCACUGUAAUGCCAGAGACCAUCACCAUCACUGUAUUGCCAGAAAGUGACACCACCACUGUGAUUGAUACCACCACUGUAAUGCCAGAGACCAUCACCACCACUGUAUUGCCAGAAAGUGACACCACCACUGUGAUUGAUACCACCACUGUAAUGCCAGAGACCAUCACCAUCACUGUAUUGCCAGAAAGUGACACCACCACUGUGAUUGAUACCACCACUGUAAUGCCAGAGACCAUCACCACCACUGUAAUGCCAGCCAGUGACACCACCACUGUGAUGCCUGAGCGCAUCACCACCACUGUAAUGCCACCAAGUGUGACCAUCACUAUAAAGCCGGCGAGUGACACCAUCAUUGAAAUGCCAGAAAGUGACAGCCGUUCCACUAAUACAACACCUAUCACCACCAAUGAGCCCAGUCUUCUCAACAGCAGUCCAGGUGUGAAAGCUGUGCUAAUAACUUGUCUUCUUCCUGCUUUGUUUACUCUCCUGUGAAAUUGAAUGAGUUGAGCAGCAGGUAAAUCUGUUAGGACAAAAAAAUACAAAUACAUAAAAGUUACUUAUUAUUCUGAUAAUGUAUAGAUGUUCAGGUAAUAAGAGCUUUAAGAAUUUUACAUUUCAUCUAAGUUAUUAGAAAUUAUAUGCAUUUCUGUUUCUAUAGCUACCUCCACUGUAUAGUUUACUUUCUGAAAGUUAGAACCAUGUUUAGAGAAAUAAUGAUGAUUUUCCAUGCUUUAAAUGAUAGGUUUGUAUCUGUACAGAAAAAUGACACUUGAUUCAUUUCAGUAAUAUUCAAUUUCUUCUAAGGUUAUUUACUUUUAGCACAAUUUCAAUCUCAUGUUCUGGGGAAUUAUAAAAAUAUAUUUAAAUAAUGUUUGCACUUCAUUCAUUCAUUCAUUCAUUCAUUCAUUCAUUCAUCUUCUACCACUUAUCCGAACUACCUCGGGUCACGGGGAGCCUGUGCCUAUCUCAGGCGUCAUCGGGCAUCAAGGCAGGAUACACCCUGGACGGAGUGCCAACCCAUCGCAGGGCACACACACACAAUCUCAUUGACUCACACAAUCACACACUACGGACAAUUUUCCAGAGAUGCCAAUCAACCUACCAUGCAUGUCUUUGGACCGGUGGAGGAAACCGGAGUACCCGGAGGAAAUCCCCGAGGCACGGGGAGAACAUGCAAACUCCACACACACAAGGCGGAGGCGGGAAUCGAACCCCCAACCCUGGAGGUGUGAGGCGAACGUACUAACCACUAAGUCACCGUAACCCCCCAAUGUUUGCACUUUAAUUCUUCUAAAAUACGUAGGCUGUUAUAGAUGUUAACAUUACGAUUUCUUUAUCACAGAGUGAGCAAAAAAAAUAAAUGUUACAAAAAAAGUUUUUGUUUCCAUAAGUACUGCAGAAACGACAAAGAAAAAUCCUAAUAAAACUACACAAAUUAUACCUGAGGCUACUGACACAUUCUUCUAAAGUCAUGUGAAAUAUGGAUUAUUGCGCUUUUUAGUA